AUGCUUCCUCAAGAUUAUACUGGACGUAUCCAUCGAGAUACUUUCAUUAUCUCUACAUCAGUAUUGCUGGCAAUAUGCUUGCUGUCCAUCGCUACCCGCUUCAUCAUACGCUUUCGUAUGCAGAAGCAGGGCUUCUCUGUCGAUGAUGGCUUCUUACUUGUCGCUCUCGGUCUUCUUCUCUGCAGUAUCAUCAUCAUGUACUGGCAGAUUAUGGAUCGCAUGUAUCUCAUUGUCUCGCUACAGCGAGGUGUACCAGGUAUCGUUCCACCAGCAGACUGGAUGCAAAUCUCCUUCCACUUCCACAAAUGGGUAACCAUCUGCGGCAUGUUAGCUUGGACCUGUGUGGUGGCUGUCAAGUUCAGCUUUCUGUACUUUUUCAAGAAGCUGAUUGAUCGGCUGCCGGCAUUGAACUACUACUGGUGGUUCGUGGUGACGUUCAACAUUGCUUGUCUGGGCUAUGGAAUUGCGAUUUGGUAUAUUGGGUGCCCUUACUUUUUCGAUCCGAGAGAGCACCCAGUCCUUGCCAUACCUAUUUGUGUCAUCUGGAAGAUCAAGGUCCAAUGGUCCCAGAAAGUUGCACUCAUGUCAUCCCUCUGUCUCACAGUCUUCAUGAUGGCAACCACAGUGACCCGUCUCGCCGGCCUCAUCUACAACGAAAUGGUUGAUACCAUAUGGGAGAUUUACUGGGCGUUGAUCAGCGCCGAAGUCGGUGUCUUCCUCGCAGCUGCAACCGCCUUCCGCAGCUUUUUCGUCGCGCGCAAGGCCAGCAAGAACGGCACGCCUCAGCAACAGGCGCAACGCUUCUUCUCCGCCUCUUUCGUUGCCAAGUUCAAUCGCAAGAAGAGGAGUACGCUAGACGAUUCGAUGGAUUCGUCCAAGGAAAGAGGUGUCUUUGGCCUGCCUCGUGUUCCUCGUCCACAGAUCACUGGUCUAAGGACCUUCAUCGAUGACCAUGGUAGGGUCCAGCCUAUCAAGAGUGGGUCCAUGAGCUCUACUGUGUGCGGGACCGACGACACAAAUUCGAUGAGCUCUUCUUCUAUCAAGAAGGAGUAUACGAACGAGACGAGCCAUUGCUAG